AUGCCUAAUACAAGCACCGACGACACAAAAGGUCCUCACAAUUUACUAAAAGGUAGCCCGGAGAAAUUGUUAUACGGACAGCAGCUAUCACAAAAUUAUGCUUUUAAUACACCUUUAACAUCAUCGGACAUGUAUAUAGAUUCGUCUAAUAUGGGGUGCGAGAAAAAUCACAGGUCAUACAUUCAGUACACGGAUGAACAUGCCGGACGAAUUACAAAGUUGGGACUCGAACUUGCCGGAAAAGGGUUGUCAUAUAAUGGCCACCCAACUCAAUUUUACAAAGCUGAUUAUGUGCUUUUAAAAAACAAACCAAAACAAACUGAUCCAUCUGCCGACUAUACGGCCCGAGAAGUACAUCGUAUCAUUUCAACUUCCAGUACAGACUCCAUACAACCAGACUCAAACUGCUCGCCUGCCUUUUUUAUCGAAAAGUUGAGAACUAGAAACAUGACAAUUAAAGAUUUUCGAUUUCUUGCUAACUUAAUAGAUAGUUCAAAAUCAAAUCAAAAUGACGAUUGGUGUCGAGAAUUUCUACGCCUUGAUGGUGUGGACUUAUUGAGCAAAAAGUUGAAAAUAGUCAACGAAAUUUCAAUCAAGUCAAAUGAGCAGCUGAAAAUUGAGUUUUGCGUGCUUUCGACUCUAAAGUGCUUAAUUUUAAAGCAGCCUUUUACAGAAGAACGGAACUCAUUCUUUUCGCCUCUUAUAGAAGUGGUGACAUCCAGUUUAAUGUCACCCCAACUACGAUCUGUGAAUUUAGCUACGGGAGUUCUUGUUCUUCUAAUAGUUAACAAUGGUUUUGUUGCUUCAAAACUAUUUUUAAAAGCAUUCGCCCAACUUACCGAAUCUGAAACACUAAGCAUAUAUUCAUCUUUUGAAGAAAUUGAAAUUGGCUCUGAGAUCAAGGAUAACACUUUUUCCAAAUGGAUACGCAAUGCAAUUGAUUUCUUGAAGGUUGUUACGAUUACGCCACUUGAUGAACUCAGUUCACGUGACAUAUUUGAGGAGUUUUCUAUGCUAACUUUAUUCUUAGUUUGUGAGGUGAUAUCUAGUUUCGAGAACAAAAAGUCUAGAAUUUCACUGAGAACAAAAUUAGAAGAAGCAGGACUCCUUGAGCUAUUCAAUCUUACUAGAUUAUUAAACUAUACCCCUAUUUCAGAUUUAAUUGGAGAGUACUUCCAGCUCAGAGAGAAAGACACGCAAAAAUUGAAAGUCAGUCUUACUCUCGAUCCUUUGAGCAAAACCUCAUACGAUGAAAACUGCUUGAUGAAAAAUGUUUCUGCAAUUGUAGAUAACCUUCAACAAGUCAAAAUAUCUGGCGAAGAUUGGGGCAGUUACUAUGAAGGGCUUUACAACUUAGCUUACUAUUUGGCAAACAAUAAAGAAAUUGAAUACAAAGUCGCCCAAAGAGCCCUUGAUUUGUUGCUUACAUUGUUUGAGCGGGAUAAGAAAGACCUAAAGCUAAUCUUAAAAGCUUAUUAUAAUUCAAGUUUACAAAAGAAGUUACAAAACUUGGAAAAGGAGCCAGACGCUUUUCAUCCCUACGAAAUCACGAAAACUCUUGAUCCGACUUCACUGAGGAAAAGAGCUGGUGGUACUAACCAGGUAUUAGACCUGCUGAGAAGUUCUUCGGUAAUCGAUAAUAAGAUAUCAGAUAUAGGCUAUAAUACUGGAAACAAAUUGGUCAGCAGAGCUCAUAAAUUAAACCCUGAACAGCUAUCUGGCACGAAAAUUAAUGACAAGAAAUGUGCCUCUAAUGCUUUUUAUCCGGCUGGAGAGCAGAAAUUAUCUGGUGAUCAAGAUUAUGUCCAGUAUCGGUCUGGUUAUGGGUACAUUGGAUCCAAUAUUGAAGAUAGUAAAAUGGAAGGACAAGGUACAAAAAUAAGUUCUAAUACAUUCUUUGAACCUUACGAUUAUUACGAUAUUGGGACUUUUUGGAAUAAUGGAAUGGACAGCUCUGACAUAGUAUUGACCCGAAAUUCUGAAUCUGAGCAUUUGAUAAAAAACUCAAAACUUCAUAGUGAACCCACAAGUAAGAUUCGAAAGGAUAUGAAAAACGAACUUGCGCCUUUAACGUCUAGAGGCUUAGGUGCAGCAUUAGAGCAAAUAUCAAUUACGGGAAAAGUAAAUCAUGAUUUGGGUCCCGGAGCCGGCCCGAAGUUGGACUAUGAAUUAGGUCCUAAAGCAAGCUCGGGAUUGGGCCCCAGAUUCAGACCUGGGUUGGGUCCAGGAGCAGGCCCAGGAGCAGGCCCAGGAGCAGGAGCAGGCCCAGGAGCAGGCCCAGGAGCAGGCCCGGGAGCAGGCCCAGGAGCAGGCCCGGGAGCAGGCCCAGGAGCAGUCCCGGGAGCAGGCCCAGGAGCAGAUCCAGAGUUAGGUUCUGGGUCAGGCCCAGGAGCAGAUCCAGAGUUAGGUUCUGGGUCAGGCCGUGGGUCAGGCCCUGGAUUUGGCCCUGGCGGUUCUGUUUUCGGUUCUGGGUCAGGCUCUGUGUUGUACUCGGAGCCGGGUUGUGGGGUAGAUUCUAAGCAAAAUAUAGCUUCCAAAGUAUUUCCAUUACUUCCAGUGAAAUCAACUUUGCCCGUGCGACAACCACCACCUCCUCCUCCUCCUCCUCCUCCUCCUCCUCCGCCUCCUCCUCCUCCAUUACCAAAAUUGUUUGAAUUGAAAACUCAAAAGAUUGCUGCCGAAUCUCCUGCCAUUCCCCCUCCUUCAUUAUCAUUAGCACCACCACCGCCACCGCCACCACCGCCACCACUACCAGCUGAUUUUUUCAAGAAGCAGAAUGAAUUGUCAGCCAAGACAGGAGAACACACAAGUAUAAAAGUAAUAGAUCUGAAUGUGGAAAAAAUGCAUGAGCUAAGGUCCCUAAAGCGGUCUCAAACAAAACUCAAGCAGGUUCAUUGGGACAAAAUUGAUAACAUUGCCAACACCCUUUGGAGAUAUUCUGAUGAUCAAAACAUUAAUAAACUUUUAGAUGAACGAGGAAUUUUGUCAGACUUGGAACAAUAUUUUCAAGUCAAAGAGGCAAAGGUUAGAAAGAAACCAGUUGUGGUUGCCAAAACGGAAAAAUAUCAACGGGUUUCUUUCUUACCACGAGACCUUAAACAGACUUUCGCCAUUAACUUGCACCAAUUUAAUGCCUUAUCUGAUGUUGAGUUUGUCCAAAAGGUUCUGGCCUGUGCUGACGAAGUUAACAAAGCUACUAACAUUAUUGAAUUUUUCAAUAAUGAUGCAGCGAUGGAAGUCACUUCAACUUUAUUACGAGACUUAGGACCAUAUUCCACUAAUUUUAAACUAGGCUUUACCAAGCCAAAAAAGAACCCUAACGAGUUAGAAAGAUACGACCGAAUAUACGUUGAACUUUGUUUUAACUUAUCAGGAUAUUGGAAGGCUAGAUCUCGUGCUUUAUUUGUCGCAAUAACCUAUGAAUCAGAUUACAAUGAUAUAAACUAUCAGCUUAACCUGCUUGAUACUGGAUUGCAGGAAAUAAAAUCGUCUAAGUCACUAAUCGGGGUUUUGACUUUAAUAAAAAACAUUGGAAACUUUAUGAAUGAUGACUCUAAACUUGCACUGGGCUUCAAGUUGUCUACUUUACAGCGUUUAAGGUUUUUGAAAGAUUCUUCUAACCAAUACAGCUUAUUGCACUACAUAGAAAAAACGGUAAGAAGACAUUUUCCCGAAUACAAGGACUUUGCAGAUGAGUUAUCAAAUAUCAAAAAAGUAUCCACAAUAAGUGUGGAUGAACUGGAAAAAAGUGUCAACGAUUUUGACUCCCUUGUUAGUAAUUGCGCAAAACAGAUUGAAAAUGGUGCAUUAAGCGAUGAAAGCAAGCUGCAUCCUGACGACAAGAUUAUUGAAUAUGUUAGCAAAGUAAUUAUAAAGGCAGAAAAACGAGCUAUGGCCCUAAAGGUACAUCUUUCUUCUGUCCUUGGCACGAUGAAUGAUACAAUGGAAUAUUACGCUGAAUCUUUUUCGGAAACAGACAGUAAAAAUUCUUUUUUCAUGAAAUUUCUAGUGUUCAUUAAUGAAUAUAAGAAGGCUUAUCAAGAAAAUAUUAGAAAUGAAGAGGAAGAAAGGAACCAAGAAAGAAAAAAACAAGCAUUACAAAACAUGACUAUCAAAACUGAAGUCAACAACACAGUGGAUAAUGAUAUCAUGGAGCAUCUUCUGGGAAGAUUAAGGGAGAAAAAGCUGCUAGAUUCAAGAAAGCUUGCCAAGUCAUUAAUUGACAACAGUGAAGAUGAUUUCAUUGGGAAUAAAAAUGAAGUUGGUCAUUUGAAUCUGACUGGCUCGAGCAGGAAUGUUACUUUGACUGGAACUAAACAACAAGUUGAGUUGGAUUCGAAAAGCAUUUCAAAUAUUGAGAAUGAUUUGAUCCAGCCCAAUGCCAUUGGUUCUCUAAUACAAAAACAAGGUACAUUUGACCCGUUUCAUGCGGCAGAGGAGGGCACAAGUAUUGGUGAGAAAGACACGACUGAAAAGUUAAAAACUAUUGAAAACGAUAAUUAA